GUGAUGAAAGUGCGCGAACAGCAGAAAUCUGAAGAAGGUAAACAGUGUUGUAAAAGAGUGUUUUCUUGAUACGGUCAUCAUCAUUGAGGGCAGCAGCACAGUGAUAAUGGCUUGUUAAACUAGAUUAAUUAUAAGCCAUAUUAUAUACUAAACACCAAGAAUUCAAAGACAAAUAUGGAUUUGGAACAAACACAAGCAUUAGACUUCGGUGGAGAUUUUGAUGAUGAAGAUGAAACUGAUGAUGAGGAAGCAGUCAAAAGACCAGUAGCACACUUGAAGGUGAAGAGCCAAAAGGAAUUUGAAGAAAAAGUGUUUGAAAUAAAUGAAGGUGACAAUGUGGUUGGGCGACAUGAGAUCACUUGCAGUAUCUGGAUCCCCCUCAAGGCCCUUUCUCGAGAGCAUGCCUGUAUAGAAGUUAAAGGGGACUCGCAUUUCAUCUAUGACAAGGGCAGUAGGAACAAAACAAGACGAGGCAAGGCCGUGCUGAAACCUGAUGUGAGAUAUGAGUUAACAAAUAACACCAGUGUGACAUUCGGUGAUGUGGAGGCUGUGUACUAUAUUGGAGAAGAGAUCAACGACAAAGGAUCUGAGACUGGAUCAGAGUCAUUCCAGACUGCCCCCAUGGAAGAUGAAGGUAUGAACGGUAAGGAAGGGGCUGCAGGAGUUACCUUACUGGUAACAGAGGAGGAAGAGGAAGACAGUGAUGCCAGUGUCGACCUUCUACAACCAACACAGGCCUACCAUGGAGGAAGAACAUUAAACUUGGCACCAGAUUCAGACGAAGAAGAAGGUCCCCAACACACGCCUAAUGUCACUGUACAGGACACACCUUUACCUCCGAAACGGACAGGGGCUGUAGGCGCCACAGCUAUGUCCACCCUAGUACUGCCGGAAUCAGACACCGAUGAUGAAGAGGAAGAUAGAAGGAAGGCCAGGGCUUUACAGAGUCUACAAACACAAGUUGUGACAGAUACCCAGCAGGAUGAUGAUGAAGAGGAGGAGGAGGAGGGAGAGGAAAACAACAAUGUUAAUCCAGCCAUGUUUGGAGCCACACAGGCCUACGUAAUGGAAAGCGAAGCAGAUGAUGAUGCUACUGAUGACGAGAACACAAGAAAUGUUUCCCCUGCCAUCUUUGCUGCAGAAACACAGGCAUUUGGAGAAGAAAGUGAUGACAAGAAGGAUGAUGACCAGCCCAUCAUGACCUUUGUGGCCGACAGUGACGAGGACAGUGAUGUGGAGAAUGGAGAGGCCGUAAUGGAUGAUGACACUGAGGGAGAGGAUGACAAUGUAGAUGUCAGUCACAUCUUUGCUGCAUCCACAUUGGCUUGUGACAUGGUAGAUGAGGAGGAGGAACAGGCAUCUGUUGAUCUGGCUGAUAAUGACGAUAAUGUUGCCACACAGAUGGUGGAGGAGGAUGCCACUGAGGUAGUAGAGGCCACUAAGAAGAUUGCUGAAGACGAGGAGGAGGGUACUCAAGUCAUUGAAGAGGAAGGGGACUCAGAAAACAUUACAACACAAUGUCUUGAAGAAGCCACAGUGGCAAUCACUGAGGUUAAUCCAAUAGCAGUAACUACCGGAGAUGCAACUGUUGCUGUUCAAGAAGGAGAAACUAUGGCUAUAACUGAUACCGAAACAUUUUCUGUCAAAAAUGAUGCCACAGUUGCUGUCACAGAAGAUGCCACCAUGGCUGUCACAGAGGAUGCCACUAUGGCUGUUACAGACGAUCCAACUAUGGCUGUUACAGAAGACCCAACUAUGUUUGUCACAGAGGAUGCCACUAUGGCUGUCACAGAAGAUGCCACUAUGGCUGUUACAGACGAUCCAACUAUGGCCGUCACAGAAGAUCCAACUGUGGCUGUUACAGAUGAUCCAACUAUGGCCGUUACAGAAGAUCCAACUGUGGCUGUUACAGAGGAUGCCACUAUGGCUGUCACUGAGGAUGACACUAUGGCUGUCACAGAAGAUGCCACUAUGGCUGUUACAGAGGAUGCCACUAUGACUGUCACAGAAGAUGUCACCAUGGCUGUCACAGAGGAUGCCACAAUGGCUGUUGAAGCCAGAGAGGAUGUAACUGAAGCUACUAUGGCAGUAAAUGAGGAAGCAGCCACACAGGUGGUAGACAAUGUCGCAGAUUUUGAAAAUGAUGCCACACAAGUUAUUGAAGAUGAGUCUGAACAUGAAAAACAUAAUCACAAAAAGAAAAGUGGUAGAGGAAGACAAGGAAGGAAAAGUAAGACAAAUGAUGGUAUAGAGGAGGAUGCCACUCAAGUAUUGGAUGAUGCCACAGCAGGCGACUAUGGGGCAACACUAGUUGCAGAGGAUAUUAAUAAUCCACAAGAAACACCAAAAGAAAAUAUAAGCAGGAGAGGCAGGAGAGGAAAAGCGGGGAAGGUGCCAGAGGGAGACACCAAUAAGACUGAAAGUGACACUACUGAAGACGAAGCCACUCAGGUCAUUGAUGAUGAUGUGUCUAUUGAAUCUGAGGUUCAGGAAAAAGUUUCCAACAAGCCAAAAACAGGUGUAGGUAAAGGAAGAAAAAGUAAAGCAAGAGAGGUAUUCGAAGAGGAGGCUACACAAGUGGUAGAAGACCCUGAUUUAGGUGAAGACCAAGCUACACAAGUUAUAGAGGAUGUGUCAGCUGACACUCCGAAGGAAUCAACAGGAACGGUCAAGGGUCGUAGAGGACGUCCAGGGAAGAGGGGCAAGAAAAAGGAGAUAACUGAGGAUGAAGCAACACAGGUUUUAGAGGAUGAAUCUACUGAAGUUCCUGAAGAGCACAAGCCCAGUAGUCGUUUAGGUCGAUCAAAGGAAGGAGAAACUACAAAGGGAAAGAAGACCGCUGAGGAAACAGAUGUUUCUGGUGGAGAGGAAGCCACACAGGUGUAUGGCUUGGAGGUGGAUGAGGAAGAGCUGGCCCAGCCCAGGGGCAGGAGUGGUCGGGUGAAAAAGUCAUCCCCCAGGCGAGGAACCGACCGUGUACAGAAGGACCUUGUCAACUUACCAGCACUAAAACCAAGUAGAGAAGAGACUGACCCUGCAGCCUGUAUGGAUGUGGAGCCUGCCACACAGAUGUACGGGGAGGAUUCAGAUGAGGAGGACACCCCACCACUUAGUGAGGAGGUAGUACAAGACAGUGAGAAUGUUUUGGGUAAGAGCCCAAUUAUACCACUCCCACCAAACUCGCCCCACAAAUCAGCUCUUGCUAGCCCUCGGAAACGUAGCAAAAGCCCCUCUCCAAAGAGGGUCAAGUUUGCUAUUGAGAGCCAGUCAUCAGAAUCAACAGUUGGUGAAGAGGAGGAGAAAGCGGGUCCAUCUACUGGUCACACAGCUACCAGGUCAAAACUCACACAAGCAGGCGUCAAGGUCAAGACAACUGUUACAAGAGGUCGAAGGUCAUUACCUGCCACUGCUGUUAAAGAAAAGAAAGAAAUUGCUAGCAGAUUAUCUAAAGGUCGAAGGUCACUUCCUGCCUCAGAUUUGGACAAUGUUUCAAGUAAAAAGAAAGGAAAGAAAGAAAAAAUGGAAAAGGAGGAUAUCAAGGAAGAUGAAUAUAAAGAGCCAGAAGUAGUGGUAGAGCCAACCACUGCAGGAAAAAGGGGUGGGAGAAGGUCAGUUGGGGUCAAGGUGAAUGAAGAACCAAAUGUCAAAGGUAAAGGAAGAAAUUCAGCAACAGUAGAAAAGGAGGAAAUGAAUGUAACUGAAAAUAAAGGUACAGAAAGAGGAAAACAUUCAACGAAAUUUGAGUCAGAAAAAGAUGCCGAGGAGAAGGAAAAUGAGGCUGGACAAUCAACAGUUGACAGUACAGAGUCCAAGGUUGAAGCCUCUGUGGAGGAAGUCAGAGGAAGAGGAAGGGGUCGGAGGUCAAUCCAGGCAGGAGGGAGUGGGGAUUGCAGUACCAUUGAAAAGAAUAAAGAGAAAACUACUAAGCUUGUACGGAUUGUUGGUAAAAGAAAGCAAGCUGUGGCAGAGGAGCCUGCUAGCAAUGAAUCAACUCCAGAUGUUCUUGUGCAAGCUGAAGACUCUCCCUCAGUCAAAGAGGAAGAGGUAAAGGGAAGGACUUCAUCUAGAGGACGGAAAUCAAAACAGGCAGCUGAGGAAAGCAAAUCGACAGAAAAGGCACAGGAGAAUCAGCCAAUUAGUGAAGUUGUGGAAAAAGGAAAGAAAACCUCCAGAGGAAGGCGAUCCACGCAACUUGCUGAAGAGGAGACUAAGGAGGAAGAAGUUGUAGAGGAGAAAAAUGUUCCUGCAGGGGGACGGGGUAAAAAGUCAAAGUUAAAACCAUUGGAGGAGGAAGAUACACCAAAAUCAGCUGAAGAAGAGGGAGAGGAAUUCAUUUCCAAUUCAAAACACGAGUGCAAGAAUGAUAAGGAAGUGAAGGAUACUAGUGAAGAUAAAUUAGGAGGUCCUGUAGCAUCAACUUCUAGAGGAAGAAGAUCCAAACAGGUCUCCAAUAUUUCUGACAGUGUAGAACCUAUUGAGGAAAAAACAGGUAGGACAGCAGGUAGUAGGUCAAAAAAGAGGGAAGCUUCUCAUGAGGAAAUGUCACCAACAGAGGUUGUCUCUGAGCAGGAGAACAGGCGGAGGACUGGAAGGGGAAGUAUACAGGGAAGAAAAUCUAAACAGGUGGUAGAGGAAAAGGAAGAUGAAACUGUAAAAGAAACAGCUGAGGUCACUGAACCUCCUAAACCCAGACGUGGAACUCGAGGGAAAAAGGCAACGGAACCCUUCCAGGAGGUUUCUGCGGAGAAUGAGGACGUGUCAGCAGCAGAUUUGGCCAAUAUGAGUGGUAUCUCUAAAAGGAAACCUCGUGGGCGAGUUAAGAAGAUUGAAGAGGUGAUGAGUGUUGAUAGUAAAAUUGAGAAACGGACUAGUAGAGGUAAGGGUAAUCAAACUGUCAAUGUGUCGAUGGAUAGUGAGAAAACCGAGGAGGAGUCACAAAGUGAGGUUUCUGCCUCAAGACAGACUAAAGCUAAAGGUGCAAAUAAGACUAAGGAAGAAAACGUUUCUAAAGGCAGAAGUAAAACUCAGGAAGAUAGUGUUGCUAAAGGUAAAACUUCGAAAGAGGAAAAUACUCAGGAGGAAAGUGAACUUGAACAAAGUAAAAUUAGGACUAAAGGUAGAGGUAAAGCUUCAAAUUCAAAAGAGGAUGUAGAUGUGACAAAAGGUAAUGAGGAGAGUGACUCUGGUGAUGUGAGAAAGGACAGAGGUAGGAAAGCUAAUACAUCAGUGAGCGUCUCAGAUCAGGAAGGGGCAGAUCCUGGUACGAGUCGGAAAGGAAAGACAGCAACUCGGGGUAAACGUGGACACAGUCAGGAACAGGAUGUGGUUGAGACCCCUGCUAAGAAAAUAAGAGAUGAAACAGACCUAGGCACACCCGUCCAGUCCAAAAAGGAUGUUCUGGCUGUGGACUCGCCAACUCUGAGACGAAAAUCCAUGGAUCCCAAGCCACGUGUAAUGUUUACAGGGAUGGUCAAUGAACAAGGCCAGAAGACAGUGAAGGAUCUUGGCGGGGAGAUGGUGACCUCUGUCCAAACCUGUACACACCUAGUCACUGACAAGGUACGACGAACUGUGAAGCUGCUGUGUUGUCUGUCUCGAGGUAUUCCCAUUGUCCUGCCAACCUGGCUCAGCAGCAGUAAACAGACUGGUACAUUUAUACAGGAUGUGACGCCCUACUUAGUAAAAGACACGGCUACAGAGAAGCAGUACAAGUUCUCCCUCCAGCGAUCUAUUGAACGUGCUAGUCAAGCCAGUGUGUUGCUUGACUACAACAUCCAUGUCACUAAGUCUGUCCGACCAGAUCCCACUCAGAUGAAAGACAUUGUGGAAUGUGCUGGAGCUGUGUACUUGGAAAGUAUGCCGUGUAAAUUUGCGGAGAAGACAGUAGUCGUGUCGUGUGAAGAGGAUCAAAAACUUUGUCAGGUGGCAAUGAAGGCCGACAUUCCAGUGGUUAAUGCUGAGUUUGUGCUGACUGGAAUCUUGCAACAGGAUGCUAACCCUUCCAAUUAUCAGAUAUUUAAUAAUUCCAAGAAGAGACCGGCAGACAGCAGUGCCGAGGGACCAUCUAAACGCAGGCGUCGGUAGUACACAUUUUUUCUGUAUAAACUAGCAAACUACAGACAACAGUAGUACAGCAGUACCAAGGGACCAUCUAAAGGCAGGCGUCGGUGUAUGCUGUAUUGAUUUCAGCAUGGAUACAGACUUUGCCAUGAGACAGCAGUACCGAGGGACCAUCUAAAGGCAGGCGUCGGUACUACGUCAGUGUAUGCUGUAUUGAUGUCAGCAGGGAUACAGACUUUGCCAUGAGACAGCAGUGCCAAGAGUCCAACUUAAUGUUGGUGUCUAUUACUGUACACAAGUGUUUGUGUGUAUCAAUUAUCAAAGUACAAAUAGCAUUACUGUGUGCACCAUAGUGUAGUGCUAGUGUACUACGUGUAUUACCAAUGCUAACACAGAUUUGAAGUAAAUUAAUAGCAGCGUGAGUCAUGGAUGAAUUAUUUCCUAAUACAUCAUAAUUUCAAUGCUACUGUGAUUAACAAUUCAACACAUUCAUUCUGAUACUGAAGAUUUUGAAAAUAAGUCGCUUGUAUCAGACAUAUAUUAAGAAGAAAAAAUAUUAAUGAUAUGAUGCCAAUAUCAAACCGUCAACAUCUACAUAGAAGUAUACAUAGCCUGUGUUGAUGUAGAUAUAUUAUAAGUCAGAGUUGUGAUCUUGUCCUUUAAUGACCUUGAUAAAUCAACCUUUGAUGUGGCAGAGGUUCAUUGAUCCAGCAACCACCAGUCAUUUUAUUCUACUCUCCAGUCAGUGUUUAUUACAGCGGUUCUCUGAUGGUCGCUUUGUAUAAGAUUGUCCCAGUAAUACUUCACGAUCCAGCCCAUCCUUGAUACUCCAGGGGUUACGCUAACUUACACUCUCUGCACAUGCAAAAUUGAAGGCAUGCUGCUAGCUAUUUGGGUUGAUCUCGGGUAAAAACCACCUGACCAAUUGCUAGGCUGAUACCUGUCUUUUGAAGAUUACAAAGUAGCGACACCUGACUUCAAUUUUACCAUUACGCUAUCGCAAGGUUCUUUCGAUGUACUUAAAAGGAUCAAACUAGACUUCUUGUCUCAUCCACAUUGUGUUGCACACUGAGCCUCCAUAUACCGUGGGUGCAGAGAACGCAAGUAAGCAUAACCCUUGGAGUAUCGAGGAUGGAUCCAGUCCCAUUUAACUGACAACAAAGGUUGCUGGACCAAUAGGGGCUCUACUGUAGAUGUAUCAUUAAAGAGAUAUACUUUGACGCCUUUUGAAUCAUGAUCUUGUAUAUAUUGUUCCAUUCAUAACAUUGAGGCAAGGUUAUCGUGAUUGAUACAAAGUAAGUGAUACCAGUUGUACGGACGAGUGCCUUGUAUAUGUGUAUGUGUGAUUGGUCAGUUUUCAGCUUAGUUUGAUAAGUAUGUGGCAUUGGUCAGAUUUCAGCCUAGUUUGAAAGUUAGGUGUGAUUUGUCAGUUUUCACCUUUAAUUGUGUGAUACAUAUUAUGCACAUAUGUUGCAAUUAACCUAUGUGAUAAGAUAACUUAUUGGCGGCUUGUAUGGAAAACGAAAAAGGGGAGGCAAUCCAAACCUGUUCGGCAGUUUAAAUGUGGGAGAGAAAGGAAUAUUUGAAAUUAGACAUAUUUUUCGGAAUGUGAAUUGGUUUGAUGUCUGUUUUUAAUUAACACAAUGUCCCUAUGCAGUUCAGAUGUGAACAAAUAGAUACAUCAGUGUAAAUAGAAGAUUUUUUUUUGAAACAAAAUCCUCAUUUAAAUCGAUUUUAUAUUUUAACAUUAAAAAUAUGUGAAAUAGCCUUUUAAGAAAAUGAAUGUUUAAUGUUUUAGUUCCAAUACAACUUUUAUUUUUAUGUUAUUUUCAAACACAUAAGUGACAUGAAUUUUAAAGUGAGGUGUCGUAAACAGUAUUGUUUUCUCAUCAUGCAUUACUGUUUUGUUACAAUUUUAGUAUCAAGUUGAAAUGUCAAUAAAAGAUUAUCGUUGUUUUUAUUUGACUACUAUUUUAAUCCAAUAAAACGAUUUUAUUUGCUAUGCAGUACAACCUCGUCUCCAAAAUUGAGUACAGUUGCAAAGCAAACCAUCCAUUGGCUGGGAUACAAUACUGGAACGGUUUCUUUAUAGUCGACUUUUUGAUGCAACAUUUCUAAAUAAAUCUGAGGUAAUUUUAUCCUGUUUAUGCAGGCCUUGAAAGUCUUGGUCAAGGAUUGUCAGAAAGUGCAUCAGAUCACUAGGGUCAUCAAUAUUUCAUAAAUGUACAGCUGUGCUCUAAUUGGGUUUUUUUUUUUAGAACACAAUGAAUUAAAGCAGACCUGCAGCAAUAAAUAGAGGCUCAUAUAACUGGGCAACAUCCUAUCUAUGUUUGACAAUGUCUGGUGUAGCCCUGCCGCUGUGUGGGAGUAAUUGUUUGAUGUUAUGACUAGAAAUGUAAUGUGAUGUCCCCGUCAUUGUUGGGAAAUACUAAAUGUUAAUUAUUAAUCUUGUUGAAAAAUAAAUUCUCAUCAAUCCAA